UAAACAUGAUACCAGACACCUUACCAUCUGUACGCUUGCCAGAAGUACCAUCUGAGUGGCUCCCACCUUUCUCAGGUGUGGCCACGAUCUCAAAAGGUCAACGCAUUACGACUUUUGAUGGAUUCAUUUACGACCUGGAAGAUAAGUGCACGUUUGUUUUGGCUCGUGAUUUCAACAACAACAACUUCACCAGUGUCCUAAGCAACGAGGGAGACACAACUCUAAAUCUGAUAACCAGAACUCAUUCAAUAUCAGUAAAUGUGCUUGGCCAGGUUGUUGAUGGCGAUCAAAAAGUCACGAUUCCUGCGACGAUCGGUGACCUUAGCAUUCAGGAAUUAAACGGCAUCAUCAACAUCGUCAACGGGGAGCACUUUAACAUUGUCUACGACACGUCUGUUGACCAUAUCACGGUCAAGAUAAGUGGCUGGUAUUUCGGAAAGGUCGCAGGAUUACUUGGUAUCUAUGACAACGAGCCCUCUAACGAGCUGGUGACAUCUUUUAACAAGAUAAUUGACAACAGUUCUCGAUUUGCGAAGACAUGGACUGUGUCUGCUGCAUCUUGUUAAGCUUAUAACAAGUAUUGACAUUAAAGUGUUGCUUAAAGAAACGGUAUAUGAACAUUCAGACCUGCAAGAAUAAAAAACCCAGAUAUAUGAGUGCUUUAAAAAGAACAAUCAAAUCUGUUUGAUCUUAUAUAAUUAUGUUAUUAUGAUUCUAAUCUUUUGAAAUAACAUGCGCACUAUGAUAUAAAUAACGUUUGUAUGAUUUAUUUAAAUUGUGUUUAUUGUGUUUUUAUAUAAAACUUAUGUUUUACUAUUGUCUUAUAUAUAUUUUAUUUCUCGUACUUCAAUUCAACUAAUAAUAAAUAUGUUAAAUCAUGAUUAUUCAAUGUGCCAAAAUGAAAUUAUUUAACAGUGUGAUAAUUUAUGAUAUUAAAAUUCACUUUACAAUAAAUUUAUAUGUACCUUUAAA